GCGUGGCCAUAGUGGGAUUCGUAAUUUUGCGGCCGGGCGGUCAGUUACAGCCAUCACCUUACGUUAGCUUUUCUCUGCCGUGCAAAAAUACUUUCUAGCCUCCGCAAGUCAUCUGGACACUAACAAACUAUGGAUGAAUAUAUAAGGGCUUAUCCGGAUAUGGAUCCUACAACAAUUGCAGUAUUAAAAGCUGCUAGUAUAAGUGCAGACAUGCUUCCCAGUCUCUCCAAGGAGGACUUGCGUGAUCUCUUUCCGGGGCCUGAGCACUUCUUCAGAAGGAGAGACAUUUGGAGAAUUACACAUGAUGAAAAUGAGGGUGAAGAGUCAGGUCAGCUUAGACCAGGCAACUCCUCUGGAACCUGUAAUGCCAACACGGUUUCCUCAAUCUCAACCCCAUUGUCCUCCCCAUCCUCCUCCUCUACCCCUCUCCUCUCUUCAAACCCAAGAAACCAACAUGGUACCAGCAGAACCGUACAACUUGUUAGCCCACAGUAUAUUGUAUACACAGACACAGAGCUGGAGCAGUCAAAAAGCAUAUUUUUUGAGAAACAGCGGGCUGGACAAGAAGGAGACUAUACACUCUCCAAAGAUCUUCGUUGUCGCCUGAUAAGGAAUACGGUAACAAGCAUGAUUGCCAUCAAGAGAGCUGCAAGGGAUGAGUUCCAGUAUCCAUGCAGCCGUGAACUGACUGUAAUGGCUAAGCGUCUCAUAGAGUACUACCCAAUGCUGCGGGACAAAUCUGCAGCCGGUGGAGCUGAGUGGGAAUCUGUGAAAAAGCAGCUUUUGAAAAGGGUCCAGAAUGUGACAACCCCCAAAAAGAAGCAGGGAGCGACUCCUUCGAGAAAGAGGCGUCGGGCCCUUAGCUUUGAGAGCAGCAGCAGCAGCCAGGAGACACUUACUGAUGACUCUGGGUCCACUGCUUCAACUUUGAUCUUGGAAAGAUCACCACAAUCAAGAUGCAGUUCCCCGGAGGCUGAACAGGUGGAUGGAUCUGAAACUACUGAUAGCCCACAGAACCAGGCAAGGCAUUACAAAAUUCUUCAGGAGCUGUACAAAUCCAAGCCCAGACCCAAUAAGAAGGAUGUUGCCCAGCUGUUGGACUUCGAAUACCAAGCAAGACGGGCAUACAUUGACUCUGAUGUUCUUAAGGAGCAGGACAGGCCUGCCAAGAUUCUUCAAGCAUAUCCCUGCUUCAGAGAACUGGAUCAUAUAAUGAAUGAACUCCGGAGGAUCCUCGAUCAGGAAAACUCUCACUACAUACCUGAACUAAAGAACCGUUGGGAAACCUUUUAUGAGAAGGCACAGUUUUAUGGAGUUUUUAAAAAAGUAAUGAGGCCUCCGUUGUCUGAUAAAGUAAAGCAAUUUGUUGCCGUGAUUAAGGCUUUGCCAGACCUGUUCCCAUCAACUGUGGCUCCACACAAGAAGUUAGGACAUGCAAGUGCAGCUAUGCUUCACAUCCUUAAGUCAGCAGAAGACCCCAACACCUUUCUUCAAGUGAGACCACUCUCUAGCCCUGUUGUGAUUGUCUGUGAAACCAACUGCAUACUGGCCAUUGGAACCAUGCCUGUGUUGAUCUUCCCAAAGGAAGACCUCUCUACAGAAGUCCUCAUGGACUCCAUCCAUGACCGAGACAUGACUUCGUCAUAUAAAAAAGCUAUGGCUGAGUGGAAGAAGUUCAUUACUGAAUAG